CAAUCGACGACAGUAACAGUUACGGCUUGACACUUUAGCUUUAGCUCACAGACAGGAAUCAGAAGCGGUGUCGUUCAAAGAAAUAUCCUUUCAGAAUGUCAGCAGCCGGUCCAGAAGGUUCUGGCGCAGCGUCAGGCAACAGGCGCCUGCAGCAGACCCAAGCCCAGGUGGAUGAGGUGGUGGAUAUUAUGCGUGUGAAUGUGGACAAAGUGCUGGAACGUGACCAGAAGCUGUCUGAACUGGAUGACAGAGCAGACGCACUGCAGGCUGGAGCCUCCCAGUUUGAGACCAGUGCUGCUAAACUGAAAAGAAAGUACUGGUGGAAGAACUGCAAGAUGUGGGCCAUCCUGAUAGCCGUCAUAGUGAUCAUCAUCCUCAUCAUUAUUAUUUGGAGUUAUUCCUAAAAAGCAACAAGAGCAGGAGGGGAGGACGACACAAUGAAGAAGAGGAGAGGAGCAACGUACACAGUUAUUGUCUCAGAGAAAGACAUCACGCGAUCACUGGAUACUGAGCUCCGCACAUUUCUUUCUCCUGGCAGGAGGUCUUCAUUCCUUGUCCUGGUUUGCCCUGUGUGUGUGUGUGUGUGUGUGUUUGUAUAAGUGCCUGAGUAAAGGAUUGUCACUAUUCCAGUUUUCCCAAGCAUUACUGCCCCAUAUCAGAGGUCUUUCAACUUGCGUUAGUUUCACACCACUUGCCAAAGAUAACAGAAGCAGGUUGAUUAAGGUCAAACUCAACCUAUUUAAAAAUAUAUAUGUAUAUAUCAAAGCACACACACAUACUCCAACCUCAGGACUAGAAGUGAAGAAUGUUGUUGUUGUAAACUCUCCUCAACUUAUAUUUACUUUUUUUAUGUUUUAUUAAUAGCCAUUGAUUUUGUGUGCCAGGUUAAGAGAAGUGCCUUUGAGGACAUGCUGAUCUGUGUGAGUUUAGAUUGUAACUUUAACCCUGCAUAUCACCGAAGAGACAAUCUUGGAACCCGUCGGCUAUCAUCUGAACACGAUUUAGCCUCUGUGGGUCACAGCCAGUGUUUCAAGAGAUCGAGUAUAGCCAGCAGAUUUCUGGGCCAAGACUUAUACUACUGUGUGCCGCUCAUUGCUUAUCUUUUGAUUAGCAGCUCUAGACAGGUCCAGACAACAUUUCGGCUAAUCUCUAUGCAGAUAUGUCUGCAUAUAAAUGCAGAUAAAUUUGGAAAAAAAGCUAAUAACGCUAUUUUGUUGUCAGACGAUGGCCAUUUGGUUCCGAGAUUGCAUUUUGGACACCGCAUUCUGCCUCUUUUGCUCUCCAUACAGACUGUAAGCAAUUAAAGGCUGCUUAAACUUGAUCGGUUAAUACUGUUCAUUCUACAAAUGGAAACCAGAAUCUGAUACUAAAAUCUUCUCCCUUUGCCCACAGAUCCUGCUCUCAUAUGUGGAUAUCUGUUUAUAGAGAUUAUUGAAGCGAUGCCCCUUUCCGGUUCAAAUUUGUACUUUAUAUUGCCAACAUUUUGAUAUUCCUCCUCAUUUUUUAAAAAUAAUUGCUGGUCUGCCAUUUCAUGAAUGGUUACAGUUGAAUGGGGAUUGAUGGGAUCUGGUGCCUUAUUUAAUUUAUGCCCAUUGUUUAGUGCCAAGUGACUUCUCUGUGUUAGACAUUUGAUUUUGGAUUGAAUAAAGAACAACGUCAUUGGUCACCCGACAACAAAUAAGCUAAUCAGUAACACACUGUUGAACCACCUGAUCAUUCUUGUCCAUCUUCCAUUGCAGGUAGGAUUUAGAUACAGUAGAAACUAUUAUGAGCUUGUGUUUAGAUAAGUGCCUUUAUGCUUACACCUACAGCCUCGUAGCAAGGCACAGUUAGAGAAACUGCCAUAAAGUUUAAAUAAAAAAGUGCUACACUGGGUUAAAAGUGGCGAAUUGUCUCAAUCUGGUGCCUUUGUGAUAUAUUCAAGCACAAAAAAAGUAAGAAAAAGUAGUGUCAGACAGAUGCCUUAAGAGGUUUCUCCAAUGGAGAACAGCCACAAUACAGCCAGGCGUUAUUGAUCAUAUAUGCCAGACAGUAAAGAGUAGUGCCUUCUGAACUGCCCAAAUAAAUACUGCGCUGCUUCUUUAUUCAGCCGAGCUUACUAACCAUUAAUGGAGUUUUCUGUUAAGUCACACUGGCAUUUAUCCCACCUGAUCAAUGCAAAAGGACUUCUCACAUGUGAUAUUUUAGUUUUAUUAUGCCUCUAACAAUAGCUUUAUUGCAAUCUGUUAUGUAUAGAACUAACCUUGGGGAGACUGUAUAGUAUUUUUUUUUUUGUCUAGGGGCUCACUGCUGCUGAGCAUCAUCAUUUUAGUGUAGAGAAAAACAUUGUUGGGCAAUGACAGUGUUAUAUAUCAACACUGGAUGAUUGCAUCCCCUGCUCUGCCUUCAUUCUAUUGAAAUAAAUGUAUUUUAAUGAGAUAAAAAAAAAUUGCAAUUACCUUGUAGUUAAUUUCACUCUGCCUGAAUUUUCAUUACUGCAGUUAUAAUUUGAAGUACUAUUUGGGACAUAUGCGGAUAUUUGACCUCCACAGCAUAUGCAUGAUACUUUGGUAAUUGAUAAUGAACACUACACUGCAAAGAUUGGCUCUUGAGACCUUUUUAGAAGAAGCCAGACUGUAGCCAUUGAGGAAAUUGUUAAAUAUUUUUAAACAAUACUAAAAAUGUUUUUUGCAGACCAGGCUUUUAUCACAGAUGUGUGGAAUUGCCAUCAUCUUCUUUGAGGCCCAGUAACUUCCAACUCUUGCUCACGUCUACCCACAGGGAACACAUUUGGAAAUAAGUGCCGCUCUACUCUUUGGCCCUUAAUGCCUUUUGCUUGAAUAAAACAGAUUUAACUUAAA